UGGACUUUUCUUCCCUUGAAGCAAUAGGCAAUUACAGCAGCAGCCUCUCUUUUCGCAACCCUGCUCCUCCACCCCCACCCCGGCCCCCGCCACCGCCUCCAUUAAUAUUUGAUUGUUUGGCUCAAUAUUUUAUAUAAAAAAUUGGUUGUUAUCGAUCGAUCUAAGAUCUUUUCCUUCUUUCUGCCUGGUUGCUAUUUAGUAUUGGAUUGAUUCUUUAUUUAUAGAAAGAAAGAAAGAAAAAGAAGAGAGAAUGGAGAAUGGAGGAGGAGGAGACAUAGAAUGUAACAAAAAUAACAAAGAAAAAGAAGGAUCAGUAGGAGGAGAAGGCUCGUACAGGUAUUGGGUGAGGGAGGCAACAGCAGAUGCAGCUCCUCUCCCCCUUCCUAAGAAGCUGUCUCCUCAAGAACACCUUCCUUCUCAACCCAACAACCUUGGUUCUGUCUGGAAUACGGCUGGAACAUGGGAGGAGAAAAAUCUUAAUAAUUGGGCCACCCAUAGGAUAAAGGAGCUGCUCCUGUCGGUGGCCUCCUUGGAGUUCUCUGGUGGCAAAGCAGAAAUAGCACAAGUGUCCAAAUGUUCUGGUGAUGCAUUCUUGGUGAUCGUGAGGAACAAGAAACGUGUUGGAUAUACCUAUGAGUUGACAUUGAAAGUUAAAGGUGAAUGGACUGUCAAAGAGGAGAAAAGGAUGGUGAAGGGUGACAUAGAUUUUCCCGAGUUUUCAUUUGGUGAGCUGGAUGACCUGCAGAUGCAAGUACAGCUUAAUGACGAGAAGGAUCUCUCGCAGCAAGAUAAGCUGCAGAUCAGUCAGGAUUUGAAGCUGUUUUUACAGCCUGUCCGUGAAAAGCUGCUCCAAUUCGAGCAGGAACUCAAAGAUAGAUAGAAAUGGGGGCUAGUAAAGGCAUUUUCCUCAAGAUCUUGCCUUGAUUAUGUUGUUGGACUGUAACGUUAAUUUUUAGCAGUUCCCCCCCAAUAUGUAAACGUAACAAAAGAUCAUUAAGACGACAGUUUCCUGUGGCCAUGCACUGAAAAGGCGUAGGCAAACAGAACUUGAGAUGGACUUUAUUGGGUACUUUGAUUAUGUCACGUGCAUCUUUCAGAUUUA